CGCGGCUGUUUGAUCGAGAGAGGUAGGAGGAGACAAACGAACAAGGCAAGCGAGAUGGCGAGCGAGCUGAUCAACCGUCGACACGAGGCUGACCAACCAGACGCCGAUGCUUACUACCCGAGACCUAUCAAACCGUGGUCCUCCACCGUGACACGUCCUAUGCGUUACAUGCUCCGUGAACAGAGACUCCUCUUCGUUCUCGUCGGCAUUGCCAUCGCGACGUUGGUCUUCACAAUCUUCCCUCGCUCCACCCCCUACUCGGAUCCCUUCUCCGGUUACGGAAUCAGGCCCGGCGACGAGUCGUACGUUCCCGCGUUCCAGGCCCAGAGGAGGCCCAGUCUCUCGAUGGGAGCAACAGGCGGGAAAAUCCCGCUCGGUUUGAAACGCAAAGGGAUGAGAGUGGUGGUGACAGGUGGCGCGGGGUUCGUGGGAUCGCAUCUGGUGGAUCGGUUGAUGGCGAGAGGAGACACGGUGAUCGUCGUUGACAACUUCUUCACGGGACGUAAAGAGAACGUUAUGCAUCAUUUCGGUAACCCUAACUUCGAGCUCAUACGUCACGAUGUGGUGGAGCCGAUACUACUUGAGGUGGAUCAGAUCUAUCAUUUGGCGUGCCCUGCCUCCCCUGUUCACUACAAGUUCAAUCCCGUCAAGACUAUCAAGACGAAUGUGGUCGGGACGUUGAACAUGCUUGGUCUGGCGAAGAGAGUCGGUGCUAGGUUUCUCCUGACGAGUACCAGUGAAGUUUACGGUGAUCCUCUUCAGCAUCCUCAGGUGGAGACUUACUGGGGCAACGUUAAUCCCAUCGGUGUUCGUAGUUGCUACGACGAAGGGAAGCGUACCGCUGAGACGCUAACCAUGGACUAUCACCGUGGAGCCAAUGUUGAGGUCAGGAUUGCUAGGAUCUUCAACACCUACGGUCCAAGAAUGUGCAUAGAUGAUGGGCGUGUUGUCAGCAACUUCGUUGCGCAGGCACUAAGGAAAGAACCAUUGACUGUUUAUGGUGAUGGGAAGCAGACAAGAAGUUUCCAGUUUGUUUCUGAUCUGGUUGAAGGUUUGAUGAAAUUGAUGGAAGGAGAACAUGUAGGGCCAUUUAACCUCGGUAACCCUGGUGAAUUCACCAUGCUCGAGCUCGCUAAGGUGGUGCAAGAGACGAUAGAUCCAAACGCAAACAUAGAGUUCAGACCAAAUACAGAGGAUGAUCCUCACAAGAGAAAGCCUGACAUCACAAAGGCCAAGGAGCUUCUUGGUUGGGAACCAAAGGUGUCUCUUCGUCAGGGACUCCCUCUCAUGGUCAAAGACUUCCGUCAACGUGUCUUUGGUGACCAGAAGGAAGGCUCCUCCGUAACUACCAAAACAACCUCAGCUUAAACAGUUGAACGUAGCAGCCAUUGACCAAAAGUGGAAGGCAUUGCUUGCAGCUACAUUGUGGAGAGAAGAGAAGUUCGUUUGUUCAAAUUUAAUUUUGUUUUUAUUUAUAUUUUGAUACUAUAUUCUGUAACGUUUAGAGUAAGAGUUUUGGUGUACUUACUACUACUACUAUUCAUGGACCUCGCUACAGCUUAAAAAAAACUUGUUUGUCAUACAAA